AUGUCGGCCAAACCAACACUCAAGCUGUCGACCCCGGUCACAGCAAACUUUCCCAGCUGUUCGCGGUCUGACUCGGAGCCACUUCGUUCAGCUGUGUCGCUGCCAUCUGCUAUCCCCUUAGGCACUCCAUUGUCGACCGUUUCGCGGUCACCGGCCUUUCGCGACCCUAUUAUCCACUCUGCUGGCCUUCCUUCUGCUGGCCUUCCCUCGGCCAACCCACUCAGUGCUACGCUCAAGUGGGAACAGGAGUUGCAGAAGACUCCUAUCACGCCGCCUCUGGCCUAUCUAGAUUUUCUUAAGACUGUGCCACUUGCGUCACCAAGCCUUGCGUCACCACCACUUCCGGCGAAGCCACCACUAAACCGGACAAGUACCGUCAGCACUACUUCGAGCAACCAGAGCAAUGAGAGCUUUGGGUCAACAGAAUCUGAGGACCCUUCAGCCCGGGAUAACGACGACGACACUAUAAGCUCGCCCUCGACAACUGCAUCUGAUUUCAGCUGUGAGUGCGAUGAAGCCAAGGUAAAGGAAGAGGAGGACGAGACGAACUCGACCAUAAAUAGUCCUAAGGCCGAUUCCAAAGGGACAAGUCGACCGAAUCCUUCCCGCUGCGGUCCGACACUUCCCUUGUCUGCACCACCCAUAGGCCCAUCAGGAUUACCAAGUAUGAGACUUCCCGUGUCGCCUGCCGUUUCAACUUCGAUCCUCCAUUCACCAAGGACUCCCCUCACGUCGACAUCGGUGAGGCCAGUGUUUGACUGGGAGGCGGCGCUCAAGUUGAGGAAAAUGAGCGAAAUCUCUGGCACGAAACGUCCCGCAGAUUCGGACGCACCAAGUGCUAAUACCUCCCCAAGCACGCCGGCUUCCGCAUCCUGCUUCGGGCCUGCUUGGAAGGAUUCGAAGGGCACAACGAUCAGGCAUAUUCGUGAAGUUGUCACGCGGACGGUAACAUAUCACACUCCACGAAUGGGCCCGGCGCCAAAGGGGAAACGGAGAAAGAUCGAUGCCGAAACGGCCGUCAAGUCCUGA